GUGAACACUCGCCUCUUUCUCUCUGAGUGUGUGGAAGAACGAGGAACAAGCUGUUUGGACUCUUCACCUGAGGAAAAGUUUUCAUGUUUGUGCUUUUGGACAUAGACAGAAGCUGCAUAACGAACUGGAUGAGUUGUGCUUUUGUUGUGAUACUGUGACUUACUUCAGAUUAAGUUGAAUGAAACAACUUGUUUGUUUCAUUCAUAUUUUUAUAUCUAUAGUUUUCUUUUUUUCUGAGAAUCGGUUCUCUUUCACCUUGUGGGUUUUGAGCUGCUGCCUUUGGUCAGAUUAUCACUGCGUUCCUCCAUCGUUUCCUUUAUGGUGAAGCGAAUGCUUUGAACCCGGCACCUUAGAGCCUCUCAGCCAUGUUACGCUGCCUUCUUCAACGCGCCAACAACCUGAGGCACUCUGACCCGCUGGCCAGCGUCACCUUCAGAGGGUCCAAGAAGAAGACGAAAGUUAUCAAGAACAACCCCAACCCUGUUUGGAACGAGGGUUUCGAAUUCGACCUGAAGGGGAUUCCUCUGGACGCCGGUGCAGAGCUGCACUGUGUCGUCAAAGACCAUGAAAAGAUGGGGCGAAACAGGUUUCUGGGGGAAUGCAGGCUGCCGCUCAGAGACGUUCUCAACUGUCCCAGUCUGUCUGCCACCUUCACCGUGUCCCUGGUGGACACUAAGAAGAACAACACAGGGGCCACACUGACUCUGCAGGUGUCUUACGUCCAUCCUGCCGGAUUGGCCCCCGUGUUCCAGGUUCCUUCCCAGCCUGAGGCUCUACCACACAACAACCCCACAGUGGAGCUGGACACUGUAACAAUGAUUUCUCUGGACACUCUGGGUGAGGAGGAUACAGAGAGUAUGAUGAUGCUGGAGGCCCCAGAGGACCAGGGAGGCGACGAUGGACAGUCCAUGGUGAUUGUCGGCCCUCAGGGGCCGCCUGGUCAGGAGUCCCCCACUGCUCAGACGCCCAAGCGCUCACCACCGGCCUACAACACCCAGGGAGGGUUGAGGAAGAGGAGAAGAGGGGUCAGCAAUCAGUCCAAACCACUGCCCAACAAACCGCAGGACUUACAGGUUCGCGUUCGAGUCAUUGAGGCGCGUCAGUUGCCUGGCAUCAACAUCAAACCUGUCGUCAAGGUAACGGUAGCAGGUCAGACCAAGAGGACCCGCAUUAGGAAAGGCAACAACCCUUUUUUUGAUGAGAUGUUCUUCCUCAACUUCUUUGAGACGCCAUCAGACUUGUUCGAUAAACCACUUUUCAUCACGGUUUGUGACUCCCGAUCGCUCAGAACCGAUGCUGUGAUUGGGGAAUUCAAGCUGGAUGUUGGCACCAUCUACAAUGAGCACAGACACUGCUUCCUGAGAAAGUGGCUGCUGCUGUGCGACCCCGACGACCUCUCUGCCGGCGUGAAGGGCUACCUGAAGGUCAGCCUGCUCGUGCUGGCGGCCGGCGACGAGCCACCGGCGGAUAAACGCGAGGGCGCGGAGGAUAAGGAAGACAUCGAAGCAAACCUGCUGAGGCCGGCCGGCCUCUCUCUGAGAGGAGCCACAUUCACGCUGAGGGUCUUCAGAGCCGAGGACCUGCCACAGAUGGACGACGCCUUCAUCGACGGCAUGAGGCAGAUUUUGGGGUUUGACAGCAACCGGAAAAAUCUUGUGGACCCUUUCGUAGAAAUCCACUUCGCUGGCAAAACGAUCUUCACUAAGACCCUGGAGAAAAACGCCAAUCCACACUGGAACCAGAGCUUGUCUCUGCCCGUCAGGUUUCCCUCCAUGUGUGAGAAGAUGAGGAUCAGAAUCAUUGACUGGGACAGAGGAAGUCCUAACGACAUCAUCGGCACCACCCACCUGUGCAUGUCCAAGGUCUCUGCUCCCGGUGGACAAAUAGAUGAUGACUUGAGCCCUCGGACCGUCCACUCAGGCAUGGACGACAGCCUCGGGUUCCUGCCCACGUUCGGCCCCUGUUUCGUCAACCUGUACGGCAGCAACAGAGAGUUUACCGCCUUCAACGACCCGCACGAGGCUCUCAAUCAUGGAAAAGGGGAGGGCGUAGCCUACCGCGGGCGGCUUCUACUAGAACUAACCACCAAGCUGGUGGACAAGCCGGAGCACAAAACCGAAGACAUAGCCUCAGACGACCUGCUGGUUGUGGAGAAGUUCCUCCGGAAGAGGAAGUUCUCUCUCUUCGUGGCGUUUUACUCGGCCACCCUGCUCCAGGACGUGGACGACGCCAUCCAGUUUGAGGUCAGCAUCGGUAACUACGGCAACAAGUUUGACUACACCUGCCUCCCUCUGGCCUCCACUACGCAGUUCAGCAGGGCGGUGUUUGACGGCUGCCACUACUACUACCUCCCAUGGGGGAACGUUAAACCGGUGGUGGUCCUGUCCUCACAGUGGGAGGACAUCAAACCGCGGAUCGAGGCGCUCAACAUGCUGCUGGCCGUCAUAGACAGGCUGGAGGCGAACCUGCAGCGGGUGCAGCUGGAGGUGAAGGCAGGCAGCGACCUGGAGCAGGUGGAGCUGCGGGUGGUGGAGCUGCUGGACCAGGUCAUCGCCGACUGCAGUGAGGAGCUGCCGUCCCUCGAGCACUGGCAGUGUGCGACCGCUCUGGACCACAGCCUGAGGCACGUGCGCACUUUGCACCUGCAGCAGAUCGUCGCAGCAGCGCUCGCCCUCAAACACGGCGAGGCCACCGAGCUGUCGACGGUGCUGGAGCAGGCCGAGGACUGGGCCAACAGGCUGAGGACGAUGGUGGAGGAGCCCCAGAACAGUCUCCCAGACAUCAUCAUCUGGAUGCUGCAGGGCGACCGCCGGGUGGCGUACCACCGCAUCCCGGCGCACACCGUGCUCUUCUCCCAGCAGCGCUGCGGGAAACACUGCGGGCAGCUGCAGACCGUCUUCCUCAAGUACCCACAGGGCAGCGGGGGAGAAGCCAGGCUUCCUGCUCAGCUCAGGGUCAAAGUGUGGUUUGGGCUGUCUGCCGACGUGAAGCACUUCAACCCGUACGCCGAAGGAAAGCUGUCCGUCUUCGCUGAGACGUAUGAGAACCAGACCCGGCUGGCCCUGGUGGGCAACUGGGGAACCACAGGCCUGACCUACCCCAAGUUUAGCGACGUCACUGGAAGAAUCAAGCUGCCCAAGGAGAGCUUCAAGCCGUCGCCGGGCUGGACUUGGGCUGGAGACUGGUACAUCAGCCCCGAGAAGACGAUGCUGUUUGAUGCGGAUGCGGGUCACAUGACCUUCACAGAGGAAGUCUUUGAGAACCAGAUGAGGUUACCAGGUGGACAGUGGAUCGGCAUGCCAGAGGGUUACACCGACGUGAACGGGGAGAAGGCGGUGCCAAAGGACGAGGUGGAGUGUCCUCCUGGUUGGGUGUGGGAUGAUGUCGAGUGGAGCGAGGACCUCAACCGGGCUGUGGAUGAUCAAGGAUGGGAGUACGGCAUCACCAUCCCUCCAGACCGUCGCCCGAAGUCGUGGGUGCCGGCGGAGAAGAUGUACCACACCAACAGACGGCGACGGUGGAUGCGGCUGAGGCGUCGAGACCAGCAGAAGAUGGAAGCUCUCAGAAAACAGCGUCCGGACGAGACGGAGAGGGAGGGAUGGGAGUACGCCUCGCUGUUCGGCUGGAGGUUCCACCUGAAGCCCAGGAAGACGGACAGCUUCAGGAGGCGCAGGUGGAGGUGCCGCAUGGAGCCGCUGGAGAAGACGGGGCCGGCCGCCAUCUUUGCCCUGGAGUGUUCUCUGAGCAGCAUAGAAGACAAGAACGACGACAAAUCGGUCACCACCACCUUCGGAGUCAACAGGCCGACCAUCUCCUGUUUCUUCGACCGCGGCACCCGUUACCACCUGCGCUGCUACCUGUACCAAGCCAGAGACAUGCUGGCCCUGGACAAAGACAGCUUCUCAGAUCCCUACGCCGUCGUGUCGUUCCUGCAUCAGUCCCAGAGGACGGUGACGGUGCGUAACACGUUGAAUCCCACCUGGGAUCAGACGCUCAUCUUCUACGAGAUUGAGAUUUUUGGCAACCCUGAUGCAACGAUGGACAGUCCUCCAAAUGUGGUGGUUGAGUUUUAUGAUGAGGAUUCAUAUGGUGCAGAUGAGUUCAUGGGCCGCUGCGUGUGCCAGCCCACCUUCACCCCCUCCCCCCGGUUGUCCUGGUUCCCUGUUCGGCAAGGAGACAAAAACGCUGGCGAGUUGUUGGCAGCGUUUCAGCUUAUUCGCAGAGAAAAACCAGCAAUUCACCACAUGCCAGGCCAAGAGGGAGACAUCAUGACCUCCACCCACGUUUUAGACGAGUUGAUGUUUCCAGGAUUCCUCUCUGAAAACCUGCAGCAAUGGCCGGAGGAGUCUGACCUUCCGUACCCGCCACCUCAGAGAGAACCCAAUGUCUUUAUGGUUCCUCAGGGAAUCAAACCCGUUCUCCAGAGAACUGCCAUUGAGAUUUUGGCUUGGGGAGUUCGUAAUUUGAAGAGCUUCCAGUUGGCCAGUGUUACUUCCCCGAGCCUGCAGGUGGAGUGCGGCGGAACUGUGGUCCAGAGCUGUGUGAUUCGCAGUGUGAAGAAGAAGCCCAACUUCGACGUCAACACACUCGUGCUGGAUGUGAGACUUCCCCGCGAGGACCUCUACAUGCCACCGAUCGUCAUCAAAGUCAUCGACAACCGGCAGUUUGGCAGGAAGCCGGUGGUGGGUCAGUGCACCAUCCGCUCACUGGAGGAGUACUGGUGCAACCCAGAGCGGGAACGAGGAGCAGAGGAAGAUGAGGAGGAUGAGGAGGAGGGAUGGAGACGUGAGGUGCCUCGUUCAACAUCUGGGGAGGUUUUUGUUGAUAUUGAUGAUGAGGAGCCACUUGUCUCCGACCAGCUUGCUGACGGAGCCAGUUCAGCUAUCAUUAACCUCUCUGCCUCUACUUCCAGCCUCCACAGAGAAGAGUUCAUGGACUGGUGGAGUAAGUUCUACGCCUCCACCGGAGAGAAAAACAAGUGUGGGACGUACCUGGAAAGAGGCCUUGACUCUCUGAUGGUAUAUAACCAGGAAUUGGAGAAGGUUGAGGGAUUUGAAGGUCUUGCAGAUUUUUGUCAAACAUUUAAGCUGUACAGAGGAAAAACUCAGGAUGAAGGAGAGGAUCCCUCUGUAGUGGGAGAGUUCAAGGGCAUGUUCAAGAUCUACUCGCUGCCAGACAACCCAUCUGCCUCAACUCCCCCCAGACAGUUCAGAAAACUUCCUCCCAAUGGAAUCGAGGAAUGUUUGGUCCGAGUCUACGUCAUCCAGGCUCACGGGCUUCAGCCCAAAGAUGCCAAUGGGAAGUGUGACCCGUAUGUGAAGAUCACUUUGGGCAAAAAGUCUAUCAGUGACCAUGAGAACUACAUCCCCUGUACACUGGAUCCUGUGUUUGGAAAGAUGUUCGAGCUCACCUGUUCCCUGCCUAUAGAGAAGGACCUUCGGGUGAUAUUGUUCGACCACGACAUGCUGACCAAAGACGAAAAGAUCGGCGAGACAGUCAUUGACCUGGAGAAUCGCUUCCUGUCCAAAUAUGGAGCCAUGUGUGGCCUGCCACAGUCCUACUGCAUAUCUGGAGUGAACCAGUGGCGAGACCAGCUGACCCCCAGGCAGCUGCUGUUCCGGGUGUGUGAGCGACGCAACCUGCCAAAGCCCGUCUUUGAAAGCAACGCAGUGCACUUUAGAGGACGCCAGUACACCGCAGCAGACCUCGAGAACAACAAGUCCCAGCUUCACCUCGGCCCAAUUAAAGAACAGCUGUCAUUGCACAUCUUGGGGAAGCUGGGCUUGGUACCUGAACACGUGGAGACCAGACCACUGUACAGCCCACUGCAACCAGACAUAGAGCAGGGACGUCUGAUGAUGUGGGUGGACCUGUUCCCCAAGUCCUUGGGGUCACCUGGACCUCCAUUCAAUGUCACGCCACGCAAAGCUAAGAAAUUUUUCCUGCGUUGCAUCAUCUGGAACACCAGUGAUGUCAUCCUGGAUGAUGUCACCAUCAGCGGGGAGAAGAUGAGCGACAUCUACAUUAAAGGCUGGCUUGAGGGUCAUGAACACAACAAGCAGAAGACCGACGUCCACUACCGCUCUCUGGGCGGAGAGGGAAACUUCAACUACAGAUUUUUGUUCCCCUUCCACUAUUUACCAGCAGAACAAGUCUGUGUUGUCGACAGGAAGGAACAUUUCUGGAGUGUAGAUAAGACGGAGACUAAAUUGGCUCCUAAGCUCCACAUCCAGAUCUGGGACAACGACAAGUUCUCCUUUGACGACUACCUGGGUCACCUGGUGAUGGACCUGAACCACAUGCUGCGUCCGUCCAAAUCUCCAGAGAAGUGUGACCUGCAGCUGCUGGACCAGUCCCCAGGCAAACUGGUGUCGCUGUUUGAGCAGAAGACUGUCAAAGGAUGGUGGCCCUGCACCUGCGAGGAGGAUGGAAAGAAGAUCAUCGCAGGGAAGGUGGAGAUGUCUCUGGAGAUUGUGACGGAGCAGGAGAGCGAGGAGCGUCCGGCUGGGCUCGGUAGAGAUGAGCCCAACAUGAACCCUCAUCUGGAGGAGCCUCAACGUCCAGAGACCUCCUUCCUGUGGUUCUCCUCCCCCUAUAAGACCCUCAAGUUCAUCCUGUGGAGACGCUUCAAGUGGUUCAUCAUCCUCUUCAUCAUACUCUUCUUCAUCCUCCUCUUCUUGGGCAUCUUCCUCUACUCAUUCCCGAACUACGCUGCCAUGAAGAUGGUGGGACCCUUUGGACCAGCCAAGGCAGCACAGUCAUGAGAAAUGAAAAAUGAGAAACAAACAAAGUUAAAGAACAGAAAAAGUUUUUGAGUGAAAGUGAAAGGAGUCAGAUUUAUCUAUCUAGUCAAUUAAAUAUUACGCAGCGCCAAUGGUUUUAUCAGUGAUGAUCAUCACAGACUCUUUUGUACAAACAGGCCUGAUUUGUGCCUUCACCGCUUUAUCUCAGCUCACAUCCUUGUUGCCUUUCAUCUCUCCAAAAUCAAUCUUGCCAGCAAACAAGAUAGUUACAAGAUACAGUAGAAAAUGUUACCAUUAAGACUGUUACAGUAUUUGUAUGAUAUAUUUUGUUGUAUCCAUAUCUUUUGUGACUGUAAGUGUAGAACUUUCACAUACUCAUACAUACCUUCGGGUGCUCAGGUGUUUUAACCGUCGUCUUCCCUUUCAUUUCAGCCGAGUUCCUGACUGAGUGGAAAAAUUGACUUAGACCUACUUAGAUCGCUUAGCUUGAAUUACGAGCCAAGCAGGUCCUGUAAAUAAAAGUCACAUGGAUUCACAAGGAGCUCGUUUAUUUGAUAGGGCUUUGGCAGCCUGUUGUCCUGCCAGGGCGAAGUGAGAUUAACGUUGCAGUGAGUGGGAUUUAAGCCCCCAAACCCUGAUAAAUGCAGCUUCUCUGGAGUUUAAAAAUCAACGCAUUAAGAACUGAAUGUGAGAACUGAUGCAGGAUUUGAGGCCAGAAUUCAAGUUGUUUUUGCCAGACCAUCACUACGCAGGGCACUUUUUUGCUUUCAGGUCUCAAUCGUGGUCCCUGCGUACGCUUAAAGGUUUGCAUUGUAAGCAGAAAAGCUGAAUCCUCGAGCUGCUGCUUCCUUAAGUGUGUAAAUGCUCUAUGAUUCAUUUUGUAGCACUUGUUGUAGGUUUCUGAUAUGUAUAUCAUCAUAGUGCAAAUUUAUGUCAAGAAUUUUUGUUGUUGUGGUUUUUAGGGAAGCAGUUUGGCCUCAUUAGUUUGUUCUAGUACCAGAACUGUUAUUGUUGUUGUUUUUUGGUGUUUUGACAGGUUAUUUCUUUACAGAGAGAGAGAGGAGAAUGCUCAGGACUCCUCCAUCAGAACAUCAAGUGUUAACUGACACGAGGAGCGACUGACUUGAAAUUUUAAUUUGAAAACGUGUCAAUUACGAACAAGACUUAAAUUCUCGUUGCUGAAAUUGUGAAGUGAUUUUUGCUUCGAUUUAUGUAAUAACCCUUAAACCUUAAACACACACAAAGCUUUAAAGACGCCGAUGACGUGACGUCAAACCUUCAUUUAGACAAUCUGCUGCCAGCGUGUCUGCUCUCAGUGCUGUUCUUCAGUGAAUGCAACGUGCCUUUAGCUUUUAGCCUGCUGCUGUUACACACUGUAUGUACCAGGAACACAGGUUUCAGUUGCCUUUUACUCAGGACUGAAUAAAGCAGGAAGACUUUGGCAUAAAGUGUUGUACAAACAUUUUGUACACUGAUCUGUACCACUCAUACAGUACGUGUAGACUAAAUGUGAAGCCAGUGACCGCUUUAAAGGAUGAUGUAUAAAAAGCAUGUUUGCUGAUGUUUUCCCAGGUUGCCUGCUGCUGAAUGACGCUCUGAAUGCACUCUGCUUCACUUUCACACACAAGCAUCUUCCUGCUGCUGUCUGUGCUACACAGUGCACUGAACACUAACAUACAGUAUCAGCACUUUGGUCACUGUUGUUCCUGUAAAUGGUCACGACUGACCGUAUGUUUUCCAGGAGAUACACCGAAUGAACCCGUAACAUGACAUGCAUUUGGCUUAAUAUCCACAUAAGGCUACGACAUGUUCACUGCAUUAUGUCAAUGCUAUCAAUAAAACAACAUUUCCGA